CGACACGACACACACCAACACGCGCAUGACACUCCUACACUUGCUCGGGGCGCUCUUGCCUCUCUCUGCUCUCGCCAGUCCGCUCAUCACAUCCCGCACUGAGCUAGGCGCCCGAUGGCCAGGGGAUAUCAUCCCCUCUUACUCUGUGGUGAACUGUACCGGAUACGAGGUCGACAGUGUACAGGAGAACGAGAGCGGCGUGCAGGCGCUGCUUAAGCUCUCUGGGCCGGCGUGUAACGCUUUUGGAGUAACGAUCCCCUCGCUGACACUGAGCGUGACGUACGAGACCGAGUCCCGCCUGCAUGUGCAUAUCUACGACACCGCAGAGCAGCAGUACCAGCUCCCGCAAUCUGUGCUUGCCCGCCCUCCCGCCUCCGUCCCUUCCUCCACCUCCGACUUCGCUUUCCAUUACACGAGCUCACCUUUCGCCUUCUGGGUCGAGAAGCGCUCCACCGGUGCGGUGAUAUUCGACACGCGGGCAGAGAACAUACCAACGUAUACGGAACCCCUGUUUUCGUACGAGAACAAUGCCAGCGUGACGAACACUACCGCGAUGCCUGCCCACCCUCUGGUAUUCUCGAACCAGUAUCUUCAGCUGUCUUCUGCCCUUCCCCAAGACGCGAACAUCUAUGGUCUCGGCGAGUACAUUUCGGGCAACUUUAGGCGCGAUCCCAAUUCGACGGUGCAGCCUUUCUUCACGCUCGAUAUUGGCGACCCGUUGGAUUCGAACCUCUAUGGUUAUCACCCAGUCUACGUGGAAACCCGAUUUGACAGUUCGGGAAAAGCCGACUCACACGGGGUGUUCCUCCUCCAAACCUCGGGGAUGGACGUCCUCCUCCGUCCAGGGGUAAUCCAAUACCGCGCCAUUGGGGGGACGUUCGACUUUUAUUUCUUCAGCGGGGACGCGGCCGGUAGCAACUCACCCCUCAAGGUAGUGGAACAGUAUGUCCAGUUUGUCGGCUUGCCCCAGAUGCCGCCGAUGUGGGGCUUUGGGUACCAUCAGUGUCGCUGGGGGUACAACAACGUCAGCGACACGCAGUUCGUGAUCGACAGUAUGAGAGCGGCGAACAUCCCUCUUGAGACGCAGUGGAACGAUAUUGACUGGAUGGACGCGUACCGUGAUUUUAUCCCUGCGCCGAAUAGGUUUGCUCCUUCCGAAUACGAGGCGAUGAUCCAGGGCUUGCAUGCGAACCAUCAGCAUUAUAUCCCCAUCAUCGACGGCGCCAUCGGUGUGCAGAUCCCGAACGGCACAGAUGUAUAUGACCCCUGGACAAGCGGCACCGAAGAGGGUACCUUUAUCCAUAACGAGGAUGGGAGUCAAUACAUCGGCCAGGUCUGGCCAGGGUACACAAGUUUCCCAGAUUGGUACAACAACCAGUCCCAAGCCUGGUGGACAGACGCUUUCCGCAACUUUUCCCAGAUCAUAUCCUUCGACGGGAUAUGGGAGGACAUGAACGAGCCCUCGUCUUUCUGCGUCGGCUCGUGCGGUACUGGCCAGAACUGGUCCACGCUGGCUUCACCUGACACGUCACCUACGAUCGUCACUGGCUGGCCGGAGGGGUACGAUUACACCACCUACGGCGAUUCGGGCAACAUGACCGUCAACGGGAGCUCGACCUACGUCCCGGAUUCGACGACUAACUUCCGGCGUUCACUAGCUGACGAAUCGCAGCAUGCGCUCGCCAAGCGUGCAACGGAAAUCGUAUACCAGAACGUCACCCAGCGGUUCCUCGAGACGCCCCCUUAUGCGAUCCAUAACGCCAAAGGCCCGCUCGACGUCCAGACCGUAGCGAUGAACGCUAGCACCGCCUUUGGUGUGUUCUAUGACGUGAAGAACAUCUGGGGCCAUAUGAGCGAAGUCCGGACACACAACGCCCUCCUUUCCCUUAACCCGACCAACAGGCCUUUCCUCGUUGCUCGAUCGACUUAUGCGGGCUCGGGCAGGUACACCCACCAUUGGCUUGGGGAUAAUUAUUCCACGUGGAGAUAUAUGGCCUACUCUAUUCAGGGUAUCCUGCAGUUCCAGAUCUUUGGCAUCCCUAUGGUCGGUGCGGACACGUGUGGGUUUAACCAGAAUACGGACGAGGAACUGUGUAAUCGGUGGAUGAUGAUGUCUGCUUUUACGCCGUUCUAUAGGAACCACAACACGCGUGGUGCUCUCUCGCAAGAGCCUUUCCGCUGGGAUUCUGUCGCCGAUGCAUCCCGCCGCGCUGCAGCGGCUCGCUACUCCAUUCUACCCUACUUCUACACGUACAUGGCCCAAGCCUCCAUCACCGGCACACCAGCGAUGCGCGCCGUCUUCUGGGAGUUCCCGUCCCCCGAGCAGAUGCUCAACGACCGCCAGUUCAUGGUUGGCCCUUCGCUGCUUGUCACCCCUGUGUUGGAGCCGAACGUCACUGAGGUCAAGGGGACCUUCCCUGGAGAGGGACCGUGGAGGGACCUGUUCACACACGCCCCGCUUAACGUCACCCCUAAUGUCAACACCUCCAUCCCCGCGCCCCUCAGCCAGAUCAACGUGCACAUUCGUCCUGGAUCCGUCCUGCUCUUGUACUCCGACCCAGGAUACACUAUCUACGAGACCCAGCAGAGCCAGUACGACAUUGUUGUUGCUCUUGACAAGAGCCAGAAAGCCAGCGGAGCGGCAUACAUCGAUGAUGGUGAGACCCAGUGGCCCACGCCUAGCACGACGAUAUCUUUCUCGGCUCAGUUUGGAAGGCUUGCCGUGACUCCUGUAGAUGGCUCGUAUGCUAUCACUAGCACGGUCAGGCAGGUGUCUAUCUUGGGUGUAGCUAGUAGGCCUCGGGAAUCUGUCCAAUUUGCGGGAUCCAACGUUACUGCUUUCACCUAUGAGCCGAGCAUCCAACGACUUAACGCGACACUCAACGGUGCUGAUCUGAACAAAGGGUUUACGUUGACUUGGGCUUAGGGACUGUGUUCGGUAUGAAGCUACAUUUCGUAUACCCUACACUCUCGUAGCUCAGGCACGAUAUCGCGAUGAAUUCAAUGAAUAUUGAU